AUGUCUAGAUUUCCUUCAAUAUUAAAUGCUACAAAGGAAGACAUGCAACUUCUUCUAGCAGCACAUGUUCAUAUUGGUUCAAAAAAUUUAAAUGUUCAAAUGGCUCCUUAUGUAUGGAGGAGACGUGGUGAUGGAAUUCAUUUGAUUAACCUUGGUAAAACAUGGGAGAAAUUAAUUUUGGCUGCUCGUAUCAUUGUUGCCAUAGAAAAUCCAGCUGACGUGUGUGUCAUCUCAUCUCGUCAAUAUGGUCAAAGAGCUGUGUUAAAAUUUGCUUUAUACACAGGAGCUCAACCUGUAGCCGGUAAAUUUAUUCCUGGCACAUUCACAAAUUACAUCACUCGUUCUUUCAAGGAGCCUAGACUAAUUAUAGUAAAUGAUCCUUUGAGUGAUCAUCAGGCCAUUAAGGAAGCAUCAUAUGUCAACAUUCCUGUAAUUGCUUUAUGUGAUACGGAAUCACCUCUUAGACUUGUAGAUGUGGCAAUCCCUACAAAUAAUAAGGGUAAGCAUGCAAUCGGCUUAAUCUAUUGGUUACUUGCUCGUGAAGUACUUCGUCUUCGUGGUGCUGUUUUACGUGACUCGUCAUGGGAUGUAAUGGUGGAUAUGUUCUUUUGUCAUGACCCUGAAGUUAUUGAAAAAGAAGCUGAAGGGGUUCUGUCCGAAAAAUUCGCUGGCGACACACAUCAAGUUGAUGCUACCUCGUUUCAAGAUUCUAAUUGGGAUGCUUUUGGUCCAACCGCUGCCAUUGGUGUAACCAAUCCUCAACUUGCUACUACUGCUUCUGUAAAUAAUUGGGAUGCUUCCGGAGUGAAAUGGGCAGACAAAAUUGAAUAUAAUCAAACUAAUACUGUCGAUAUUGAUGGCGAUGAUGCUAAUUGGACAGCUGAAACUAUUUCAGGAGGUGAUGCUAUUUGGACAACUGAGACUACUACAAGCGAUGUUAAUUGGUCAACCGAAGGCGGUGGAGGUAGUAAUUCUAAUUGGACAGCUGAGACCACUACGGAUGAUGUUAGUUGGGCAAUGGAAUCUACUUCGGCAAGUGGCAGUGAUAAUGCUAAUUGGACACCUGAAGUUGUUACAGGUGAUGUUAAUUGGACGGCUGAAACUACUUCAGGAGAUGACAAUGAUGAUGCUAAUCGAGUAGCCGAAACUGCCACAGGUGAUAACGGUGGUGGUACUAACUGGGCAGAUGAGACUGAAGGUGAUUGGGCAAAGGAAUAUACGAACACUGUGACUAAAUGGCGUAAAGAUAAAUCAGUUCCAUUGAUAGAUGUUGUUCAAAGCUUUGAUAUUUACGAAACAGUCAAUGGUGGUAAUGUGGGUAUUGCUGGCAGACCUUCGAAACAAAGACUAGAGAAUGCUUUUGGUACAUCAAAUUAUACAGAAGUUAUCACUCAUAUAAUUCAGCAUGGAGUUGUUCAGCAUAGUCAUAAAGGUCAUGCUUCCAAAGAUCAUCGAACCAUGAUUAACGAAACUCGUGGUAAAGGAGCUUACACAGCUCAAAAUGUGUCAGGAAUUCAUAAUUAA